AUGAAUACUACUACAGCUACAAUAACAAAUAGUAAAACUGAAAAUGGAACUGAAAUUGAAAGUGGAAGUGGAAGUGGAAGUGGAAUAGAGGAGGAACCAUUAUUAUUUACAUUUACAGGAACAUUUGGAAAUCAUAACCAAACUAGAGUAUUGGUUUUGAUAAAUAAUACAAUUGAAUGUACCAUUGUAUCACUAAACUCUACAAUGUUGGAAUGUACAGUACCAAUUGAUUCAUUUAACACCCAAAGUAAUAAUAAUAAUGUAGAUGGAGAAUAUUUAGAGUUGUAUGUUGAAGUUGACGGUCAUUCCUAUGUAUCAAAUGAUAUUAUAUAUAUUCUAUAUCCUUUUAAACCUUCUUCUUCUUCAUCAUCAGAUGAUGAAACUUCAUCUUCAUCUUCAUCUUCUUCAAAUACCCAUCUCCCAAACGGUCAUGGUAAAUCCAAUAAUACAAUGUAUUAUUUGAUUGCAUUUUUAGGAGCUGGCUUCAUCGCAGGAAUUGUCGUUGCAAUUAAACUAUCAAUUGAUAGGAAUAUAUUUACCGUUUCAAAAAGAGUAACAGAAAUUAAAUUGAAACAAAGAAAGAUGGAUCAUCUUGCAUAA